UGAAUAACCGGACCUUAUUCUUUAGUCUUCUCUCUGCUUUGGUACUAGCAGCGAACUCCAUCUAGAACGCAGUCAAAAUGGACCUCAUGACCCAUUCUUCUACUUUCCUCCUCCCCACGAUCUCCAGCGACCACCGCCCCUACGUCCUAGUCAUGCUUAACCAACGCCUCCCAAGGUUCACUCCUCUCCUCUGGAAGCACGCACAACUACGGCUCUGUGCAGAUGGAGGCGCCAAUCGAGUCUACGACGAAAUGCCUUUGUUGUUCCCGCACGAAGAUGCUCUCGACAUUCGACACAGGUAUAAGCCAGAUGUAAUCAAGGGAGAUAUGGAUUCAAUCCGAACAGAAGUACUGGAUUUCUAUACCAGUCUGGGAACCAAGGCUGUUGAUGAAUCUCAUGAUCAAGAGACAACAGAUCUACAUAAGUGCAUUUCACAUAUUCGUGACUGCACUCCAGACUUGGACAAAUCUAACCUUUGUGUUCUUGUUGCUGGUGCAAUUGGGGGACGAUUUGACCAUGAGGCUGGGAACAUAAACGUUCUGUAUCUGUUCUCAACCAUGAGAAUAAUUCUUGUAUCUGAUGACUGCCUCAUCUACCUCCUUCCAAAGGCUCACCAUCAUGAGAUUUAUAUCCAAUCCUCAGUUGAGGGUCCACAUUGUGGACUCAUUCCUAUAGGGAUGCCAUCUGGGAGCACCACAACAACUGGGCUUCAAUGGGAUCUCACUAAUGCAGAGAUGACUUUCGGUGGUCUAGUAAGUACGUCCAACAUAGUCCGAGGAGAAAGAGUAACCGUACAGUCCAGUUCAGAUCUUCUUUGGACAAUUUCCAUAAAAAAGGCGUAGUCUCACUGGCCCUUACUACAGAUAAGAACAAGUUCCUAACUUGCACUGAAAUGGCCCUUUCAAUAAAACUUCAUCAUUCUAUAGGUUUUUCUUUCUUUACUUGCAUAUAUGAUUUUAUUAUUUGGAAGAAAUUAUUAGGUUUGUUCUCACUGCUUCUUUUUUGAAGUCUGAUUAGGGUCUUGCCUUUUUGGGCCUUUUGAUGUUUGUAUGAUGCAUUGUCUGGGAGACAUUCAUUUAAUUCUGAAAUCAUUUGAUUCAUUAAUCGUCCUUCUCGUUUCUAAAAAAUGGAAAGAAAAUCAUGUUAAAAGUUCGGCUCAAUGGCCACAAAAAAUUCAAACCUGCCUAAUAUUGAUACGAUACAAUUUUAAUAUAUAAAAUAAAAGGAAAAUUUAGUGUCUCACAUGUAGAAAGAAAGUAAGUUUAGAAUAACAGGCUCAUAGAAAAUUUGUUAUGCCAGUUGGACAAGUUGUUAUAAAGUCUGUGACAAGGGUAGAAUACUAAUUGUAUUAGCUAUAUAAGCAUGUAAUCAAAUGAGGAAAUGUAUGCUUAUAAUCAAUUGAAUAAAUGAAUUGUGGAUUCCUGCUGGAAAUUUCUUCUUUCUUAGUCUCCAUUUUUUUUUAUCUUCUUAAAUUUUGUUUGCAUCAAAUAUUAACACAAUUAUAAUUAAUCCUUGUAAUUUUAGUAAGUCAAAUCAAUUAUUUUGUCGAAAUUAAGAUUAAGCAUGUGCUUGCGUGAUGGCUGGUUAAGAUCUUAAACAACCAUGAGAUCAGGAUCUGAAUAAGCGUUUCUUACUAGUUUUUACAAAACAGAAUAUACUACCAAAAAAAAAAUGGGGCCCCUGACUAACCCACCUAUUGAGGCGAUGAAGAGUAAUAAACUUGAAAAUGAAAGGCUAUACAAAAGAAGAUGAUUCCUCUACAUGAAAUAGCCAAGUGAUUUCUUCUUUCUCGAUCCACUUUCUCCAUAGAGAUCAUUCCAAUG